GAGCGUUGCUACCGCGUCCGGGCUGUGUGUGGACGCGCCGCGCGCGGCCCCGCCAGGGCUGGGAGUUUGCAGACCGUCCCUGCCGCGGCCCGCUCGGCGGCGGCCCUGCGGCUCCCGCGGCAGCCGCGGCGGCCCCGGGCGCGAUCCAGCCCAGGUAGCCGCGCCACAGGCUUGGGGCGCCGCGACUCCGUGCCCCGCCGCGUCGUGGGCCCCGCGGGGACAGUGGCUGGCGGGCGCUCCCUGCUGCUAUUGCUGCUGUUCAACACGGAGGAGUGAUUACUGUUCUAAAGAGGACAUUGGAGAAGGAUCCAUUAGGUCAUGGGAAUGGAAACGAGGAAAGGAAAUCGGCUGACGCAGGAGCCAGAGUGACACCGGCAAGCCCACCCAUCCAGCCUUCACCAUGAACUUGUGUCUUCCUCCUACGUUGUAAGAGCCAAAGGGCAGGUGAAGUUGCUGGAGAGCAAUGGCUCUCUUUACUCCGUGGAAGCUGUCCUCUCAGAAGCUUGGCUUUUUCCUUGUGACUUUUGGCUUUAUCUGGGGUAUGAUGCUCCUGCAUUUUACCAUCCAGCAGCGAACUCAGCCUGAGAGCAGCUCCAUGCUACGCGAGCAGAUCCUAGACCUCAGCAAGAGGUACAUCAAGGCGCUGGCAGAGGAAAACAGGAAUGUGGUGGAUGGGCCGUAUGCCGGCGUCAUGACAGCUUAUGAUCUGAAGAAAACUCUCGCCGUGCUGUUGGAUAAUAUCUUGCAGCGCAUUGGCAAGUUAGAGUCAAAGGUGGACAAUCUUGUAGUCAACGGCACGGGAACAAAUGCGACCAACUCCACCACCGCUGUCCCCAGCUUGGUCGCACUUGAGAAAAUUAAUGUGGCAGAUAUCAUUAAUGGAGCUCAAGAAAAAUGUGUAUUGCCUCCUAUGGAUGGCUACCCCCACUGCGAGGGGAAAAUCAAGUGGAUGAAAGAUAUGUGGCGCUCGGAUCCCUGCUACGCAGAUUAUGGAGUGGAUGGGUCCACCUGCUCUUUUUUUAUUUACCUCAGUGAGGUUGAAAAUUGGUGUCCUCAUUUACCUUGGAGAGCCAAAAAUCCCUAUGAAGAAGCUGAUCAUAAUUCACUGGCGGAAAUUCGUACGGAUUUUAAUAUUCUCUACAGCAUGAUGAAAAAGCAUGAAGAAUUCCGGUGGAUGAGACUCCGGAUCCGGCGAAUGGCUGAUGCGUGGAUCCAAGCUAUCAAGUCCCUGGCAGAAAAGCAGAAUCUUGAAAAGAGAAAGCGGAAGAAAGUCCUCGUUCACCUGGGACUCCUGACUAAGGAAUCUGGAUUUAAGAUAGCAGAGACAGCUUUCAGUGGUGGCCCUCUCGGUGAAUUAGUUCAGUGGAGUGAUUUAAUUACAUCUCUGUACUUACUGGGCCAUGACAUUAGGAUUUCAGCUUCACUGGCUGAGCUCAAGGAGAUAAUGAAGAAGGUUGUAGGAAACCGGUCUGGCUGCCCAACUGUAGGAGACAGGAUCGUUGAGCUCAUUUAUAUUGAUAUCGUAGGACUUGCUCAAUUCAAGAAAACUCUUGGGCCAUCCUGGGUUCACUACCAGUGCAUGCUCCGAGUCCUGGAUUCAUUUGGUACCGAGCCAGAGUUUAACCACGCUAACUAUGCCCAGUCCAAAGGCCACAAGACACCCUGGGGCAAAUGGAAUCUAAAUCCGCAGCAGUUUUAUACCAUGUUCCCUCAUACCCCAGACAACAGCUUUCUGGGAUUCGUGGUCGAGCAGCACCUAAACUCCAGCGACAUCCACCACAUCAACGAAAUCAAAAGGCAGAACCAGUCCCUUGUGUAUGGCAAAGUGGAUAGCUUCUGGAAGAAUAAGAAAAUCUAUCUGGACAUUAUUCACACCUACAUGGAAGUGCACGCGACUGUGUACGGCUCCAGCACAAAGAAUAUUCCCAGUUACGUGAAAAACCAUGGUAUCCUCAGUGGACGAGACCUGCAAUUUCUGCUUCGAGAAACCAAGCUGUUCGUUGGACUCGGAUUCCCUUACGAGGGCCCAGCUCCCCUGGAGGCCAUUGCAAAUGGAUGUGCUUUUCUGAAUCCCAAGUUCAGCCCACCCAAAAGCAGCAAGAACACAGACUUUUUCAUUGGCAAGCCAACUCUCAGAGAGCUGACGUCGCAGCAUCCUUAUGCUGAAGUGUUCAUCGGCCGGCCCCAUGUUUGGACGGUUGACCUCAGCAAUCAGGAGGAAGUGGAGGCUGCCGUGAAAGCAAUUUUAAGUCAGAAGAUUGAGCCAUACAUGCCAUAUGAAUUCACAUGUGAGGGAAUGCUACAGAGAAUCAACGCUUUCAUUGAAAAACAGGACUUCUGCCAUGGGCAGGUGAUGUGGCCGCCCCUGAGCGCCCUGCAGGUGAAGCUUGCUGACCCCGGCCAGUCCUGCAAGCAAGUGUGCCAGGAGAACCAGCUCAUCUGCGAGCCUUCUUUCUUCCAGCACCUCAACAAGGACAAGGACUUGCUCAAGUACGAGGUGAUCUGCCAAAGCUCGGAGCUGACCAAGGACAUCCUGGUGCCCUCCUUCGACCCCAAGAACAGGCACUGUGUGUUUCAAGGUGACCUCCUGCUGUUCAGCUGUGCGGGCGCCCACCCCCGGCACCAGAGGGUCUGCCCCUGCCGGGACUUCAUCAAGGGCCAGGUGGCUCUCUGUAAAGACUGUCUAUAGCGGCCCCUGGCUCGGCCCCGCACUCACUCUGCCGGGGGCAGACAGGGGCUCCAACCCCAACGGGACAGGGCCGGGGGGCAGACAUCAUGUCAUUCAGGGACUCUCCCCAGAGCCUGAACUUUAUGCUGGGAGGUUUCAAUUUGGUAUUGCUCCUUCUGUGGCCCGAGCACCAACAGCGGAAUCCUCGCCGAAACAGAAGGAGCAGACGUCAGGGCAGGAGCCUGGCUUCUCCUUGGCACAACUUCCUUUUUAUUUCUCGAGGAGACUGUCACUGCAGCUGUUCCAAGGCAGAAAGAGAGUCUCAAGAUUCGUUGAAAACAGAACCAGAGGAGGAAUGGAGCUUGUCGGAAAGAACUUUCUAAGGCAACAUUCCUAAACCCGUUAACUUAUUUAUUUGGGAGGGAGGGAGGGGGAACAGGGAGGGCAAAGAGGGACUGAUCAUACGUCUUGUUUCUCUGAUUCCCACUGUUUACUGUCCACCUUCACUGUAUUAUUACUCCCGUCUGCUUCCAAAAGGAAGCAGGAGGGAGACAGGGUGCACUGUGGGGCUGGUGGCUCACUGGAGGGCAGCUGCGGGGACCUAGCUCCUCAAAGUGGAUCGUAGCAGAACAAAAGAAAGUCUUGUGUAUGCUUGACAGAUGGCAGCUAGAGGACAGGCACCUCCUGGGCAUGGGGGGAACAGACCCGUGUUGUCCUGAGAGCCCAGCCAGGGACCAAAGAUGGGGCCGUUUUGCAGUGAAAGCUCCUUUCCUCAACCCUCCCCCUCCUAGCCCCGUCACACGCAUGCACGUGCGCCCACCUUGGCCCCACACCUUUCCUUUAGGAAAGAAAAACAGGAUUGGGGAAUUGAUAUUUGCUGGUUGGUGGUGAAUCCACCCUCUCUCCAGUGCCACUGGAAGGAGGAAAGUAGAAGCAUGGGUCACGCUUGUUUACUCCAAGCGGGUGAUCCGAGCUGGGGUGUGGACAGGCGUGAAGCUGGCCCCUUAGAACCAGUCACGCCACCCCAGCUGUGCUCCAGACAGGUGGGCUUGUGUUCUAUUCCUUCUCGUGUCUCCUGUCACCAGAGUUGCAGGAAGGAGGCUCUCCGUGGCCCUGAUGUUGGCAGGGGGAGCAGGGGCAGGCCGGCUGAAUGUGGUGUGUGGUCCUGGCAAUCGCCUGUGGGUGACAGUGCAUGGGUGUGUGUCUCGCAUGGGGCUGGAGUCUGAUGCUGGUUCUUACUUGAGGCUCGAGUAUUCGGGGGUGGGAGGGGUGGCAUCCUGAGUUGGCAGGUUGGCCCAGUCAGACUCACUGGAUGUCCCCUGCUAACCCCGGAGUUCCCCACUGUCCACCAUGAUGGGAGCUUCCUGCCCCCCCACCGGCCCUGCUUCAGUGCUCUGGCUGGAAGUGCGCAUGUUUCCUGUGAAGCCCCUGGCAUCUCCAGGCUGGUAACGGUGAGCCCUCUUCUCCUCCUCGCAGAACAUCCCAGUCAUGAGCUGUGGUCUGAGCCCCCCAGCCCUCCCUGGUGGCUGAGUGCCUUGGUCACCUAGCACCAUGCUCCGCCCCUGCACCCUCGCUGCCGGCACCCUGGCUGCCAUCCGGGACAGCCAGCCCACCCUCCGCCCCACAGGACAGGCUGGCAGGGCUCACGGUUGGGUGGGCCUUCAGGAAGGGAGCUAGAUCAGGAAUCCUGCCUCUUGCAGACCACGGGGCCUGUGGAGCCUUUAGGUAUGGGAAGUCAGACUGUUCCUGCUUCUCCAUUCUUCCGUGGUGCGUAAAUAGUAUCAAGUGCACAGCCAGCCUUUUUUUUUCCCCUUAGACUCUCGGUUGGUCCGAAUGUCCCCUCUAACACCUGACAGUGAAGGGGGUGAGGAGCAGCAGCUUUCAGGUGGCGCCUGAGCACAUGUGACAGGGAGAGCUCCGAUAGGGAGACCUCUGCCCUGAGCGGUGCUGGGGCCCCUCCGGAACUCACCGAGAGCACCCUCUGCCUGAGCCCAGCAGCAAAGGGCGUGUGAGUUGAGGGAAUCUUGGUGAU